AAUUCCCUCGUUGCGGGAACCCUUGAUAGAGGAACUCCACUAUCUCAGGCUGAAUUUGCAACAAAACUUCCGCUUGGGGCUGCCACCAGUGCCUGUGCGUGUUGACUCUCACAAGUAAAUCCCAAUGCGUUCAGUGGGGCUUGCUCUUCCCGGCAUUUGUUUGAUGUGAGGUCUAAACUGGUUCACACCCACAGAACACUGGCUGGCUGAAUAAAUGGAGAAUGAGGCGGACCUUGAUUUUUCUGAGUUUUUAGCUGCUGAGCUGCACAUCUGUGUGGAGCAGUAUCUACUCAAGAAGCUACCUGCUCAUCAUACGUGAACAGGAAACUCACAGAGCAAAAAGUCUGACAUAGGCAAUAAAGUUAAACCACACUGCAUGAUGCUUUUGCCUCAUAGAAGGUUUUUUAGCUAUGAGAUCCAGCUGAUUGAGUGAAGGAUGCAGUUCAGGAAAAAGCUGUGGAGCAUCCUUGCCCUCUGCCUUGUAUUUUUAGUUUGGAAGGUUUACAAGGCUGUGGAUAUGGGCCCUUUGCCUUCCUCUGGUGAAUGGCCACUGAUGGAGUCUCCCUGGGAGGGAAAGAUGUGCAGCCAGAACAGGUGCACAGAGCAUAGCAAGUUGGACUGGUUUUGUGAUCACUUUGAUGCCUCAGUAAACUGUCUGCUGACUCUUAGAAAUCCAGAGGUCCCCUCGGAGGUUCUGCAGUGGUGGCUGAGGCUGCAAGGAUAUCACAAUGGAAGCCGACUCCAGAAGAUAAUAAAGGAAUUGUUUGACAUCCUUCACUCCCCUCCUGUUACAGUCCAGGAUUUUACCCAGUGUGGAACAUGUGCUGUGGUGGGCAAUUCAGGGAGGCUGAAGGGUUCUAAAUAUGGAAAAAAGAUUGACUCUCACCACUUUGUGCUGAGGAUGAACACAGCACAAACUUCAGGUUUUGAGGAAGAUGUUGGUACAAGAACCACACACCAUUUCAUGUACCCAGAAAGCGCUGUGAACCUGCAUGCUGGCGUCCAUCUUGUGCUCGUCCCCUUCAAACCUCUGGAUCUCAAAUGGCUAGCUAGUGCCUUUUCCUCAGGAGAAAUUAAGCGUACAUACCAAAGAGUCAAGCCAUUCAUUGAAGCUGACAAAAGCAAGGUCUUAAUACUAAACCCUGCCUUCCUAAAAUAUAUUCAUGAUAAAUGGAUGAAGCGCUUUGGAAGGUAUCCAUCUACUGGAUUCGCUGCACUGCUUUUUGCUAUCCAUACUUGUAAACAGGUCUCUGUAUUUGGUUUCGGCGCAGACAGCAGAGGGAACUGGCACCACUACUGGGAAAAGAAUCGGUAUGCUGGAGCAUUCCGCAGGACUGGAGUCCACAAUGCCACUUUUGAACUGGCACUCAUUGAGAGACUAGCAGCUGAAGGCAGAGUAUCAUUUUAUAAAUAGCUUGUUCCAGUGCCCCACAGACUUCAAAGUAGCUAAUCCAAGAAAGAGGAACCCAAAUCCUGGCACCCAUGAUGGUCUUUUGAGCCACAAGAGAAGCAAGGUGGAUGGAUUAGAAAUCAAAGCACAGUUCAGCAGCCCAGGUAUGUAUGUACAUACACAUGUAACACCACUUCUGAACUGAUUACUUUCUUAGCAAGAUGGUCAACUUGAAAUGUUUUUCUUUAAAUUUGGACAAUAGA